CCCAGCUGCUCCAGCAAUGGAAGAGACGGUGCCCUCAGUGGAAGCCUACGAAGCAGCCAUGGUGCUGAGUGGGGUGGGGGACGCGCUCGGGUACCGGGGGGGCCGCUGGGAAUACUGUACCUCGGGACCCCAAAUCCACGCCGAGCUGGCCGAGCUGGGGGGGCUGGAAGCCAUCACCCUGGAGCCCCCCGAGUGGCCCGUCAGUGAUGACACCGUCCUUCACCUCGCCACCGCCGAAGGCCUGGCCACAGGCCUGGAGGGGGAAGACCUCUUGCAGGAGCUGGCUCGCCGUUAUGUGGCUGCCAUGGGUGACAUGGAGGGCCGCAAGCCAGGACCCACCAGCAUCCUGGGCACCUCUCAGUUGCGUCCUGGGGAGCCCGAGGGUUAUCGCAUCCCCUUCAACCCCAGCGGCACCGGUUGUGGGGCUGCCAUGCGCAGCCUGGCCAUUGGCCUCAGGUACCCCCACCCCUGGGAGCUGCCGACGCUGAUCCGGGUGAGCAUCGAGAGCGGGCGCAUGACCCACCACCACCCCACCGGGUACCUUGGGGCACUGGCGGUGGCCCUCUUUGGGGCUCUGGGGGUGCGGGGAGAGCCUCCAGAGCACUGGGGGGCUGAGCUGCUGCGGGUCCUGCCCCUGGCGUGGGAUUACGUGGAGGGUGCUGGGGUUGCCGUGGGGGACAACGCUGCUGCCUGGCCCUUCUUUGGGGAUGCCUGGCGCCGGUACCUGGAGUCCCGGGGGCUUCUGGAGGGUCACGGCCCACCGCAGGUGCCAUCCCUCCUGUCACCGGCCGAGAGGGAUGCGGCGUACCUGGGCUGGGCACUGGACGGGUGGCCAGGGCGCAGCGGCCACGAUGCGCCUAUGGUGGCCCUGGAGGCCCUGCUGGCAGCUGGCGGGUGCUGGGGGGACCUGUGUGCCAGGGGGGUGCUGCACGGUGGGGACAACGAUUCAACAGGGACCAUUGCCGCGGGGUGCUGGGGGUUGCGGGGGGGGCUGGCACCCAUCCCCCCUGGUCUGCAUUGCCACCUGGAGCACCGCAGGCGGCUGCGCGACGCUGCCCACCGCCUCCACGCGCUGGCCUGGGGGACACGCUGAGCCCCUGCGAUGUCCCCGGUGUCACCUACUGUCCCCUUCCUGGGAAAAGCCCUUGUGGGUCCCCCAGGGUGAAGCAGGCACCUUCAUGGG